GUCGGAUCCGUUCCGGAGCGGAGCCGACGGUGGACUCGAUGUGAGCCAGGCACCAGGCGAGUCGGGUACCGCAUGUGGAACCAAACAGCGUAUGCUCUCUUCUCCUCGUCACUUUCUCCUCACUCCAUUACACGUGCCAUGGACGAACAUCACGCCAAGACUAACCAAGCAAACUGGGACAACCGCGCGGUGCUGCACGCCCGCCCCGACACAGGCUACUGCACCCGUCAAUACGUGGACGACAAGACCGGCCUUUCCAACGUGGUCUCGUUCGACCGCCUGCGCCUGGGCGACAUCCGCGGCCUGCGCGCCGUCCACCUCCAAUGCCACAUCGGGACGGACACGCUCUCGCUCGCGCGCCUCGGCGCGGCCGUCACCGGUCUGGAUUUCAGCGCGGCCUCGAUCGCUGCCGCGCGCGCUCUCGUCUCCGAGACAGGCGACGCCGUCUCCUUCGUCGUCUCCGACGUCUACGCGGCCCGCGCGUCUCUCCCCGGCCUCUUCGACCUCGUGUACACCGGCAUCGGCGCGCUCUGCUGGCUCCCCGACAUUGCGGGGUGGGCGGGCGUCGUCGCCUCGCUCCUCGCGCCCGGCGGGCGGCUGUUCUUGCGCGAAGGCCACCCGAUCCUCUCCGCUGUAGACGAGCGGAUUGCGGGCGGGCCCACCUUGCGGUUCCCGUACUUCAACGCCGCGCCGAUGGAGUGGGACGAAGAGAACACGUAUGUCGACGCUCCCCAGAAGUUGGACGCGACGAGGAGCUUCCAGUGGAACCAUGGGGUCGGAGAGGUUGUUACCGCCCUCAUAGGAGCCGGGCUGCGCAUCGAGGUGCUCGAGGAACACGAUAGCGUGCCGUGGGAGGCGAUGCCGGGGGCCAUGGAGAGGCGGGGGCUCGACGAGUGGGCGUUGAAGGAGUAUAGUGGGUGCAUGCCUCUGUCGUAUACCCUAGUGGCGCGGAAGCCGGAGUAGAGUUGGCUAGCAAAUGGAGACGACUGCGGGACGCGAGACUGGUCGCGGCGUACGUUUCAGUGCCUUCGUUGUACUCGAGGAAGUGGCAUCUCCCGGUAGAGAUUAGCGAUGCUUGCAAAAUGCGGCC